AUGGGGCCAGAUGCGGGGGGUGCGAGUGGCCCAGCGGUGACGAUUCCCCGGAGACGUGACCUUGCUCGGUCCUCAGCUCCGCCCCGUGUCCCCCCAGGAGACGGAGGUGAGUCGGAGGAAGAGCUCAGCGCCGUGACCGAGGAGAGCCCGGUGCUGACCCACUGGGCCCCCGCCUCCAAGUUCUACCCCGGCCACACCAAGAUGGACGCAAUCAGGAGAGGGAUCGCCAAGGACAGCCAGCGCCACAGGGUCCACCUCGAUGCCCAGGGCCCGGUCACCCAGAACUUCUCCUCCGAGAGCAAGCCGCACAGGGAAUACGGGCCCUGCCUCCGGGAGAUGAAGGACAUGCUGAUCCUACUCAGGUCCGUGAGCACAUUGAGCCCCCGGGGCGUCCAGCUCCCCAACUGCGACAAGAAGGGCUUCUACAAGAAGAAGCAGUGCCGCCCGGCCAAGGGCAGGAAGCGCGGCUUGUGCUGGUGCGUGGACAAGUACGGGCUGCCCCUCCCCGGCCACGACCCCUCCGGCAAACCGGACGUGCACUGUGACAGUGUGGAGAGCCAGUGACCUGGCGUUCAGAGGAACUCAGAUACCGGUUCUGCACCAAAGACUGCCAAGGCGGUGAUCAGCGUUGGCUGCAGCCUCGAUUAUAUAUCUUUCUCUGGUGAAUCCAUUUCUUUCUUAAAUCCGCGUGUAGGAAGAGACCUCUGCAAUGCCUGGGCUUCUAAACAGUGCGCUCGAGCGGCUUCCCGCGCCCCAGCAGCCAGGGAAACCGUGUGGUUUUCCUCGUCGCUCCUUUCGAACCUCCUUCUGAACUCAAGCACAGGCCGGGCCUCGGGCCACCCUGGGGACCUCACACCCUAGCACCCCUGCCACUUGGGCCUCCCGGGAACGCCAACCUCUGCCCUGGGGUGUCUGGACACACCUGCCUGGCGCCGAGGCCUGCGCCCCUCCACCCAGUAGCGAGCUCCUGCCCUCGGGUGACCGACCCGUCCUGCCUGGGGACAAGUGGAGACCAUGAGGUGGAGUCUUGCUUUUUUUUUUUUUAAAUGACCAAGAAGGUGCUCAGACCCUGGGCAUCUGGAGAAGUGGUGGCUCAGGCAGGCUCUCGGGGACACGGCCUUUGCUGUGGCCCCACAGGGUGGGGACGGGGGGUGAGGGGGGGGACAAGGCCACACCUUUGUCUUCAGAGCCCCCCCAAACAGCGGCACGAUGCUCAGAUGGCGGCAGAAAGGGGUGUUCUCCACUCACAACUCCAAGACCAAGGUAGUUUUUGAGGCUACGUCCUCAGAGGCAAAGGAGGUUCUGUCCACCCCUCACCAUGUGUCCUCUUUGUCACACUGUCACACAUGUGAGUAGCCAUGUAUCUAACCAGAGGGGCCUUGGGGAUCCCAGAAUCGCGCCCUCCUUCUGACUCACCUAUUCACAGAGAAAUGCCUUCGUGAACUGUCACCGUUGCCUGCAUCGUGGUCCAAAUGUAAUAGGACCUGUGCGCAUAGUCUUAGAUGCCCCGUCGGCCACGUGGCCGCACGCCGCCCUCGGCAGGACCAGAGGUUCCCCAGACACUGCCUACCUAUUCGCUUUCCUUUUUUAAUCAAGUUUUCAGGAAAAAAAAAAACAAAAACAGUAUUUUUGAGAAAUUUGUCUCACCAUGUAUUUAUAAUGGGUUAAUAAAGAUUUUACC